CUACAAUGUCCCAGCCCCAACUCCAGAUCAGCGUCAGCGGUACCCACUCGGUCCAGCGUCGCCCCCAGUUCGCCGACAUUCACAUCUCCGUCGCCAACGAGAGCGAGGACGCCGCCAAGAGCUUUGCCGCGGUCGAGCAGUCGGCCGAGUAUGUCCAGCUCCAGAUUCGCAAACUCGCCCCUCCCAAGGAGCCUCGUGCUGCGCCGACCGGCGAGGCGCCUCCACCGUUCCGUCCGGGACAAGGUAGCGGUGGUGCGGAUGCCACGACCUCUCAAGCCUCGGCGCAAGACGACGAGGACGAUGUAGCCCAGGCUCACGAGUGGCCGCCUCGCCAUCCCGAGUACCCCGUUUCGGCCUGGAGCAUGGCUCGUAUCUCAACGUCGACCUGGGUACCCUACACCCCCGAGGGCGACGGACCACGCAAGUACGAGGCAAGAGCGACCUUCAAGGCGACCUUCCAUCACCUGGCUGGGCUCGAAGCCUUUGUGGAUCAGAUCGGGACCAAGGAAAACGUCACCAUCGACAACCUCAGCUGGCAUCUGUCUCCCGAAACCGGUGCCUCGAUCGCCGGUCGCAUCCGCCGCGCUGCUGUCCAGGAUGCUGUGCAAAAGGCUCAAGACUAUGCCUCGGCCGUGGCUCCCAAUGCCCAGGUUGUACCCGUCGAGAUUGCAGACGCCGAGCUCGGCAGCGGGGGCAUGCCUCGAUUCGCGCCCAUGGCGGCGGCUGCCUUCAAGCAGAACUCGUCAGGGGACAGCCGGCUCAGCUUUGAGCCAGAGCCCAUCACCGUGGAGGCGAACGUUCACGCCAAGUUUGUUGUCGUCCAGUAAUCCACACAGCCCCGGUACCGCUUAUGUAUUCAUGCAAGAUGCAGAUGCAAGUGCAAACAAUGAUCAAUAUAAUCUACAGUGCCUAGGCCGUCGACACCUGGUUGGUGGGCUUGUCCUGGAAGAUCGCCGAGUCGGCGUCGUCGCCGCCAUACUCCCAGAGGCUCUGGUGUGGCUCCUUGCGGCGAAGGAUGUAGUGGCGGAAGUGCCAGCCGAGGUUCCAGAGCUGGUACUUGGCGUGGACACCAGUGGGAACGGAAAAGACCUGGUCGAGCUCCUCGAGG